AACCAAGGACUAGGGGAUUGUACUUUGUUCAUUUCAUUGUUCACUACUGAUUUAAAAGUCCUAUACUGAAUCUAUACAUUAACUUGUAGAUUUUUGUCCAGUAAGAAUGCAAAUCCCUACUUCCUUUCCAGUGGAACAGAUAACACCAAAAGUUAUAGUUUAUUACCCUGUGAGACAUUAACAGGUUUGUAUCUAACCUUGCCACCUUAUACUAACAUUACAUUAUUAAAUUGCCUAUAAAUACCUGGCUACUCAAAUACACUCUCAGUAACUAAUGAGUCGAAUAAAGUAUUUGUCACAUGUCCAUUUAUAUUUGCAUAAUAUUGUCUGGAAAAGCCUCCCUUAGUGUUACUUCUGAAAGACCUAAAUAGAGUGAAGAAAUGAUCUGUGUGAUGAGCUGGAGGAAGAGGAUUAUAGCUAGAGAGAACGCUGGGUACAGACUUGGAGGCAAGAGCAAACUCAGUGGGUUCAAUGAAUGAGAAAAAUGCCACACUGUUUAAAUCAGGGAGCAGGGAAGGAAGAGUGGUGAGAGAUGGGUUCUGACACGAAGCUCAUAAAGGUGAGAUAAGAUACGUAAAACACUCAAGUUCACAUUAACGCGUUUGUACUUUAUUCUAAGCCUAAUAGGAAGCUGUUAGAGGUUUUUAAGCAAAGGGAUAUAAUGAUCUGAAAAGAUAUCUCGAGCUGCUCUGUGGAAAACUAACUCUAAAGGCACAAUGGGGAAGCAGAGAAAUCAGUUAGGAAGAUAAAUUUCAGAUAAAAUAAUGAUGGCUUGGACCUGGGUGUGUAGGGUAAGAAAUAUCUUUUCCUUCUACCCAUUUUAGGCUCAUUGGCUGGGGAUCCUGUAACAAAAGACAAAUUAACAAAAGAAAAGCAUAAAUAUUAAUAUUAGUUUUACGUAACAUGGAAACUUCAUAAAGAAAUGAAGACCCAAAUAAACAGUUAACCUUAGUGUUGUUUACAGUAGGUUUGAAGAAGAAUGGAGAAUUGUGGGAAAAUGUGAUGGGGCUAAAAGACUGUGAUCUAAGGGUAAUAAACUGAGGGAAACUUAGCAAGGCCUGAUGUUCAUAUUCGUCUCUAUGUCCCUGUGUUUUCACAGAUAAAGAUGUUACUUUUAUUCCAGGUAUAGACAGGGCAACUCUCACAUGAGGGUAUUACGUCCUGCUUCAGAGCAGAAAGGUGCAAGAAAGUUAGAGACAUUCCUGCAUAUGGUCUUUCUUAAAUUCCUUCAGUUUAAAGUAUUCAGUAUGUCUAGGUGCCAUAUUUUUGGGUAGCAUGUCCCAAACCCCGUCAGGUGGUAGACGCAGAGGUUGUGAGAAGUCGUUUAAUUCGCUACAUAUUUUGAAGAUUAAGCCAGUAAGGCUUGUUAUAUAAGAUGUAAGGCCUGAGAUAGAAGACUCGGAUAUGACUCCUUAGCCUGAGCAAUUAAAAGAACGAGGUAACUGUUCACUGCAUUAGAUCCAUAUUUGUUUUUAUAUAAUUAUGUACUUAAUAAUUUCAGCUAUUGGUCGGACACUUAAAAAAAUGUAUACUCUAAAAUACACAGCUCUUAGGAGUUCAUCCCAUAAACUUUGACAAUUCUAUGUAUCGGUGUAAUAUUUCCAUUACCUGGGCAAAUUCCCCUUCGCCGGGCCUUAAGCAUAAUCUACAGAAAAAACUACGUACAUAAAUAUACUUUUACAACUCAAUGAGAUUUCUAAAGUGAACCCACCUAUCUAUAAUCAGUGUCCAAAUCAAGAAACAUUACCUGAACCUCAAAAGCCCCCUGGUGGCUCUUUCAUGUCAUUGUCCUCCCCACUGUGCUCAUUAACACCAUGGGCUAGUUUUUAAAUGGACCCACGCACUAUGAACUCUUCUACGUCUGGCUUCUUUCCCUUAACUUCAUUUUUUUGUGUGAAAUUCACGCAUGUUGCGUUUCGGCAAUUUAUUUUUGUACUGUACUUCCGAUUCUUUACUACAGAUAAUGGUCAGCCUCCAUUUCGCUAACAGCUUUUUUUCCUCUCCGAGAUGCUGAUUCUAAUCGCUGCCUUGGACGAUCUAUAAAGCUGAGUGCGCGCUAUGUGACCUCUCAGGGAUUGUUUCCAACCGUGUUGUUGACAUUUUGAGCCUGCCAAGGACUAGAAUAAUCUGAAAACUAAGCUUCUCUGGGGUCUCACUGAGUGGCAGGGUUAGAACCAGAAGAGAACAUCAUCUCCAGAAGGCAUUUCACCAUUUUCUUUGAUGGUAAACGGGCUCACUUAUACCGAAUCCAAACCCAGGCGAGAACUACGGACUAUUGAAAUGGUCGAUGAAAGGGGCGAAAGCACCAGGAAAUUGUGCUUCAACAGUCCACAACAGAAAGGAUGGCCUGAAACUGGCCAUAGGCCAGCCCUUUUGUUAGCGCCUUGACCUGGGCUUCCGCUACGGGGCCCGGUUACGUGGCCAACGCAGCUCCACCUCCUACGGCGGCCAGUGAUGACGCCACCACGUCGGAGCUGAUAGACCUCGGUGACGUCUCCACCGCGCCAAACUCACAGAAAAUCAAACCGCUACCAUCAAGAGCCCUCCACGCUUAACAUAUCUGUUCUUUCUUGUUUCAACGUAACCAGGCUGCUCCUCCCCAUUUUUUGCCUUCUUCUCGCGGAGGCUGAGAGACUAACCUUACACAACAUGGCUGCGUGGUAUGUCUGGUGUUCUAGAGCGGACGGAAGCAGAUGACUCUCCAGUCAACUUCCGACUUGGACUCCGAAGAUCGCUACAGAAAGAUCUAGAAGAGGUAAAGGUGUUGCUGGAAAAGGCUACUAGGAAAAGAGUACGUGAUGCUCUUACAGCUGAAAAAUCCAAGAUUGAGACAGAAAUCAAGAACAAGAUGCAACAGAAAUCACAGAAGAAAGCAGAACUUCUUGAUAAUGAAAAACCAGCGGCUGUGGUUGCUCCCAUUACAACGGGCUAUACGGUGAAAAUCAGUAAUUAUGGAUGGGAUCAGUCAGAUAAGUUUGUGAAAAUCUACAUUACCUUAACUGGAGUUCAUCAAGUUCCCCCUGAGAAUGUGCAGGUGCAUUUCACAGAGAGGUCAUUUGAUCUUUUGGUGAAGAAUCUAAAUGGGAAGAGUUACUCCAUGAUUGUGAACAAUCUCUUGAAACCCAUCUCUGUGGAAGGCAGUUCAAAAAAAGUCAAGACUGAUACAGUUCUUAUAUUGUGUAGAAAGAAAGUGGAAAACACAAGGUGGGAUUACCUGACCCAGGUUGAAAAAGAGUGCAAAGAAAAAGAGAAGCCCUCCUAUGACACUGAAACAGAUCCUAGUGAGGGAUUGAUGAAUGUUCUAAAGAAAAUUUAUGAAGAUGGAGAUGAUGAUAUGAAGCGAACCAUUAAUAAAGCCUGGGUGGAAUCAAGAGAGAAGCAAGCCAAAGGAGACACGGAAUUUUGAGACUUUAAAGUCCUUUUGGAACUGUGAUGUGAUGUGGAAAUACUGAUGUUUCCAGUAAGGGAAUAUUGGUGAGCUGCAUAUAUAAAUUUGACAGAUAGCUAUUUACAUAGCCUUCUAAGUAAAGGCAGUGAAUUCUCCAUUUCCUACUGGAGGAUUUAUUUAAAUAAAAUAAGCUCAUUAAACACUCCUGCAAAGAUGGUUUUAUUAGUACCCUGGUCAUUUCGUUCAAGGAAGGGUUAUAUUGCAUUCUCAUGUGAAAUACAAAAAGCAAGUCUUGCCCAAUAAAAACGCUACAGUGUGUGUAUUUUUUUUUCAGCUAAGAAUUGGAAAAGUAUUUGCUUGCCUUUAAGUUACUGACAUCAGCUUCCACCAGUGUAAAAAUUGAGUAAAACUUGAAGUUUUACAUAAAAUGCAAAUCGGUGUCUGUGCUUGAAGGUUGCUGUAGAGCAUCUGACCCCUUAUUACCACCUUAAGCAAUGUAUAUGCCAUGCAUUACCAUGCACUAAUUCAAUCACAGGUGUUUCUAUCUAGAUUUAAAUGUAUUUGUCAAUGAAUGUGGAAUAGAAACUAAAUCUAAACAUGACAAUAAUAGACACACAUCUUUGUAUGGUACCAGUUAGUUUUGCCGUGGAUCGGAUGGUUUAUAAAAGUAAUAACCAUAAAGCAAAAAAUAAUUUGAAAGCCCGUCUAUUCCUGUGCUCAAUAAAGUUUUUCUUCAUUAGAA